AAUCUUUGCGGGCACGUAUUAUGCUUCGUUUACUGAGGAGAUCAAUUGAUAUUUCUCUUCCUUUUAGAUUCAGUUCAUUAAAAUUACGAAACAUCGACUUAUGAAUUUGUACUUUAUUUAAUAUCUUAGUUUAUUUUUCUGUUUAAGAAUGACAGAAUAAGAAUGCAGUUGUGUACCGAAACUCAUUCUAAGCUUGGUCUGGAUACCUCGUUUAUUAAAAGUGGCACAUUUCGAAAACAGCUGUUUCUAGCAGUCUGCACAGCGAUAGUAGUUCUCUUUCUGAUACUGCUGGAUAUGUUUCCUUUAAUAUCGAAAACACAAGGAAUAGGCUACUAUGCAAAACCAUCAUUGAAAUGCACUAAUAACAGUAAAAGUACUAUUCGUGUACUCUGCCUCAUCUUAGCAUCAGCAUAUAAAAGCAGGCAGAUGGCAGCAAUAGAAAACACGUGGGCAAAACGUUGUGAUAAGUACCUUUUCAUCAAUGGGCAGACGAACAAUCCACAAAUAGCUGAAACAAUUUUAAAUGUUCCGGUUCCAGAGGAGAGACGUCACCUGACAAUGAAGAUGCGUCAUGCGUUUAAAUAUGUGUAUAGAGCCUAUAAAGGCAGUUUUGAUUGGAUAUUAAAAUGCGAUACUGACACCUAUGUUAUUAUGGAAAAUCUUCGGAACCUCCUCUCACACGUCGACCCAUUUCAACCAGCAUACCUAGGUUUUCAUAUGAAGGCUAGGAGAAAUCAUCGUUAUGGUUACAUGAGUGGAGGAGGCGGUUAUACAAUUAACUGGCAAGGUUUUCAUCAGUUAAUACAUAAGGGAUUUAAAAACGGCUGUGGUGAGGAAGAUGGUUCAAGUGAGGAUCUCAACAUUGGCUUAUGUUUAGGUGACUCUGGCGUACCCGUAUUAAACUCACGUGAUAAGGAAGGAAAAGAAACAUUUCAUCCAGCACACUUACAACGUCUUUUACGUCCACCUCACCCAAGACCAAUCAGAAAUAGGGCUUGGAAUAAAGUCAGAUUUGUGAGUCUACAAUUAUGUUUAUUAUCUUUCUCUGAGUAA